AUCUACCUUCGUCUGAUGGGCAUUAGCCUAGCAACCGGAAAAUGCGCAGCAAACGUGUCGAUUUCUGAUGACGACAAUCGUAAACGCAUCGACGCCACACGAGGGGAAGGGGAGAAGAUUUCACUCAGAUCGGUGGACUAACAUUUAAACCAUGGGGAAGCAGAAAACGAGGAAGUUUGCUGCAAUGAAACGAAUGAUCAAUCUGAAAGAUAAUAGAAUAAAGGAGAAGGACCGGGCUAAACCAAAAGAGAAAAAGAAGAAGGACCCCUCUGCGCUUAAGGAGAGAGAAGUGACAAAGUACCCAUCAUGCCUGUUCUUCCAGUAUAACACGCAGCUUGGUCCACCAUACCACGUUAUAGUCGACACCAAUUUCAUCAAUUUUUCUAUCAAGGCCAAACUGGACAUGGUUCAGUCUAUGAUGGAUUGCCUGUAUGCAAAAUGUAUCCCAUGUAUCACAGACUGUGUGAUGGCUGAGAUUGAAAAGCUUGGAAUGAAGUACAGAGUCGCACUCAGGAUAGCCAAGGAUCCUAGGUUUGAGCGCUUGCCGUGCACACACAAGGGAACAUAUGCCGAUGACUGUUUGGUCCAAAGGGUAACACAGCACAAGUGUUACAUCCUGGCCACUGUGGACAGAGAUCUCAAAAGAAGAGUCAGGAAGAUCCCUGGGGUGCCCAUCAUGUACAUCUCAAACCACAGGUACAAUAUUGAACGGAUGCCUGAUGACUAUGGUGCUCCAAGGUUUUAAUUUCUCUACAGCUGGGAUGGAUGUGUAAAUAGAUCACUUUUCUGUUUAAAAUGUUUUUCCUUUCAUGUAUAUUUUCUUUUUUUGGUUUGGUUUGGUUUGGGGUGGGUUUGAUCCAAACUUCAAAUUACUUAUGAUUUUUUUCUUAUGAAACAUUUUGUUAUAAGAAUAAAAUGUUGCAAUGCUC